CCGGCGCCCUCGAAGGCAGCUCCCGUCAGCUCCUCCUUCUCUAGGCCGCCGCCUCCUCGCGCCGGAGGAGCUGCGAGAUGCUGCGCCUGUGACUCUGUUCCUCCCGCCCCUGUCACCGAGAGGGGAACGAGCGCUCGCCCACUCGCCGGAGGAGACGGCCCUGGACUCCCAACCCCGCCGGCGAAACCAUGAGCUCCGGCCAGCAGCCGCCGCCGCGGAGGGUCACCAACGUGGGGUCCUUGCUGCUCACCCCGCAGGAGAACGAGUCCCUGUUCACCUUCCUCGGCAAGAAAUGUGUGACCAUGUCUUCGGCAGUGGUACAGUUAUAUGCAGCAGAUCGGAAUUGUAUGUGGUCAAAGAAGUGCAGUGGUGUUGCUUGUCUUGUUAAGGACAAUCCACAGAGAUCUUAUUUUUUAAGAAUAUUUGACAUUAAGGAUGGGAAACUAUUGUGGGAACAAGAGCUGUACAAUAACUUUGUAUAUAAUAGUCCUAGAGGAUAUUUUCAUACCUUUGCUGGAGAUACUUGUCAAGUUGCUCUUAAUUUUGCCAAUGAAGAAGAAGCAAAAAAAUUCCAAAAAGCAGUUACAGACCUGUUGGGCCGGCGACAAAGGAAAUCUGAAAAAAGACGGGAUCCCCCAAAUGGUCCUAAUCUACCCAUGGCUACAGUUGACAUAAAAAAUCCAGAAAUCACAACCAAUAGAUUUUAUGGUCAACAAGUCAACAACAUCUCCCAUACCAAAGAAAAGAAGAAAGGAAAAGCUAAAAAGAAGAGAUUAACCAAGGCCGAUAUUGGAACGCCAAGCAAUUUCCAGCACAUUGGACAUGUUGGUUGGGAUCCUAAUACAGGCUUUGAUCUGAAUAAUUUGGAUCCAGAACUGAAGAAUCUUUUUGAUUUAUGUGGAAUCUCAGAGGCACAACUUAAAGACAGAGAAACAUCAAAAGUUAUAUAUGACUUUAUUGAAAAAACAGGAGGCGUUGAAGCUGUUAAAAAUGAACUACGAAGGCAAGCACCACCACCUCCACCACCAUCAAGGGGAGGGCCACCUCCUCCUCUUCCUCCCCCACAUAGCUCAGGCCCUCCUCCUCCUCCUGCCAGGGGAAGAGGCGCUCCUCCUCUACCGCCUUCAAGAGCUCCCACAACUGCACCUCCACCACCGCCUCCUUCCAGGCCAGGAGUAGGAGUCCCUCCGCCUCCGCCAAAUAGGAUGUACCCUCCUCCACCUCCAGCUCUUCCCUCCUCAGCACCUUCAGGGCCUCCACCACCACCUCCACCUCUGUCUGUGGCGGGGUCAGUGGCGCCACCCCCACCGCCUCCACCUCCACCUCCACCCGGGCCACCACCUCCCCCUGGCCUCCCAUCUGAUGGGGACCAUCAAGUUCCAACUCCUGCAGGAAGCAAAGCAGCUCUUUUAGAUCAAAUUAGAGAGGGCGCUCAGCUAAAAAAAGUGGAACAGAACAGUCGUCCAGUGUCCUGCUCUGGAAGAGAUGCGCUUUUAGACCAGAUACGACAGGGUAUUCAACUGAAAUCUGUGUCUGAUGGCCAAGAAUCUACAUCACCAACACCUGCUCCCACCUCAGGAAUUGUAGGUGCAUUAAUGGAAGUGAUGCAGAAAAGGAGCAAAGCCAUUCAUUCUUCAGAUGAAGAUGAAGAUGAAGAUGACGAAGAAGACUUUGAAGAUGAUGAUGAAUGGGAAGACUGAUCUAUAUAUUAUAUAUAUUUUUAAGGUGUAAUACUAAACACUACUUUCUGUCUAUGGAUUCUGUAAAAUUAUCAUGUAAAUGUUCUACCAAUUUGCUGUAUAUUUUUGUUGCCUUUUUUGCUUUUUUUUAAUUAAUCUGUGCAAUACCUCAUUUAAUCUGUAAAGGUUUGUCAUAAUCCUCUACAAAGCUACUCCCUGUUAUUGUGUGCAAGUUUACACCAGGAUGCUCACUUGAUUUGUGAAUAUUUUUCAUUCCAUCAACAAGGGAGUUUAAAUAGUAUAUGUGAGACUGACAAAAAUCUUAAUGUAAUUUAGUUAUAAUGCCAGAAGGAAAACACUAUUUUCAUACCCUACUUUUUCUGUACCUAAAUUUUCUUAAUUAAAAUCUAGUAUAGCACUACAUUCUUUUUUAAGUGAUGCAAACUUUAGUUUCUUUAGCCCCUUCAUUUUGAAUACAAUGCUAUAAAUGAAUGUUGAAGCUGAUACAUUGCACAGUUCUCUAGACAUCACUACUCUGAUGCAGUUUCUCAAAUUUUAGCAGUAUGCUCUACAUAAAAUCACUACAGAGAUACUGGUGGGGAAAAUCAGCAACACACUUCUUACAGCAAUAUUGCCUAUAAUUGGUACAGCAGUGGUAUUUGCAGGCUGGAAUCAUAAGGAAACCUUAUAUACUGUACUUAACUGAGGUUAUUUUUAUGCUAUAGCAGAUGUAGCAGGCUCUUUUUGGUAAAAUCUUUAAAAAUAUUUUUGGUAUUUUUCUGAAACGGAAAAGUUAUUUAAGUUGGAGUUGGGGGGGGUUAGGGAAUAAUUUCAUUCUAUAUGAAACUGAAGGGGGGAGGUCUUCAUUAUGAUUACUCUAAUAUUUGGUUUAAAAUGUUAUACAAAUCAGAACAUUAUUAAAAUGGUAUGUAAUUAAGUAUUUUUAUUCUGCAGUUUGUCUGGACUGAGGUAUUCAGAAAUACCAACCAUAAAAAUCUAAUCUAGUUGGCGAAGGUAUACACUGUCAUGCUGAAUCUUAACAUGCUAUAUAUAUUUUUAUUUUGAUAAUUUCUCAAAGUUUUUGUUAAAUAUCAGGUGAAGGGUUACAUUUUUCUUAAAAUAUUGAUGGUCCCAGUGUCAGAUUUCUUGCAGCACAUAACUGAAUGGUAGAUUUUUUAAAAAUAAAACUUUACAACCUGCACAUUUGUUAUGCAUACUAAAUGGUGUGUUAAAGUUAGGGUUUCCUUGCCUCUCUACAAUACACUAAUCAGCCUCAAGGUGGUUGUUUCAUGUUUAUAGAGCUAAUUAUUAUACCUACCUACUUUAAAUUUUAGGUAGAAAAUUAUCUGAUUUAAAUACAGACACAUAUUUUUCUCACAUUGAGUCAUAUGCAGAAUGUAGUUCCAAGUGUAUUUCAUUACUGUAGUCACAAUAUCCAAGUAAAAAUUAUGGUAUCUAGAAUUGUACUGACCAAAAUCUAGUAUUGGCAUGAUCUUGACAGGCUGGACCUGCAAGAAGUGGCUUGAAUUUUAACCAGUUAUCACAUAAUCUCUAGUGAUCAUGCAUCUAAUUAUCAUAAAAAAUAACUUAAAAGGUUUUGUUGCUGAAAGCAGUAAGUGGUGCAGUAAAAUAGUUAAGUUAUUUAAAGAAUGUUACCUUCCUUGCAAGAGUAAUUUAGGCACAUGGGAAAGAUUCUAGACUUUUUGUUUCUUGCAAAAACAGUGCCCUCUGCUGCUAGAAACCUUUUUCUGCUUACUAUCAUUUUUAUUGUGGCUUGAGCUCACUGAGUCUGGUGUGGAUGAGGCUGGACAACUACUGACCAAUAAAAUGAGGAACUUGUGCAAAUGGUAAAUAGAACAUUAUAAUUAUUUUAAAUAACUUUAAACAUUUUCCUUUUUUUUCUUUUUGACAUUAUAAAAAACGUUUAUAAUUUUCUAGAAGUGUCUUUAAGAUAAUGCCAAUUUAAGAUCUCUCUUAACUUUUGGCCAAGGAAUUCAGGGUUUGCCAGCUAACUUUGGUAUGAUAAAUAUUUGUCAGGAGCUGCCAUGAGGAUAUUAAUUCUUUGAGUUAGAAACACAAUUUAAACAUGUAAGAUGGGUAUAUAAUUUGCCAAAAGGAAUUGAGUUUGUUCUUUUUUCUUAAAAAUAGAAAGAAAGGACUUGCACAAAGUCUAAAUUACUAUUGGUUAAAACCCAGUAGCUGUGGAGUUCAUUUCAGGCAUGAAGACUAAAUCCGCUUUACCAAGUAAGGUUGCAUGUUUCAGUCCUCCACCAUCUUGCACUGUGGGCAGCACUAUUCUGUGCAUUGCCUGAACGCCUCCCGUAUAUACUCCAGCUAAAUGAUUGUCUGGUAGCCUUCGCAUUUAACAAACUAGCAUGAGGCUUUUUAAUAUCUAAAUGCUACGUGAUAGACAAUUUCAGCUAGCCACGUAUUGUAUGUAUGAGAUUCAUAAAGACUUUCAAUCAUUUCAUUUUCAAACAACUGAAAUUUUGUUUAGUAUGUGAAUUUUUUUGAAAUGUAUAGUGAAUAGGAUGUUGCACUGGUGGCAAUUCAUCAUGGAGCAUAAUAAAAUUAAUUUGACCCAAAUAGUA